CCACUACUCUUCCUCAUACAACACCACUUUGUACGAAUCAGAACCCAACGAAAAUAUCAACUGAUUUGCUUAAAAUUAAUCGUUAAUAGUCUGUUUCGUAUAUAAUCCUCCAGAAGAGGUUUACUCUUCAGAUCCAACCAUGGACCAAAAAGAGCAGUCACAUUAUGAAACCCAGUCCCAGAAGCUGCGAGCAGAGCUCAAAACAUGGGAGACGACGUUUGCAAAGACGCACGAGGGCAAGAAGCCGUCGCGAUCAGAUAUCAAGGCGGCUCCUGAAAUUGCACAAAAAUACAAAGAAUACAACAGGAUUCGAGACAUACUUUCAGGCAAGAUCGUCCCCACAGCAGCAGCAGCAACAACAGCGACGACAACAACAGAAUCCCAAACACAAAAGCCACAGCCACUGUUCCCAACCCCAAGAAAGCGCAAGUCCACCGACACCCUUUCGCUCUACGACCAGACCACCCCUUCCAAGCGCACCAAGCCAACCUCGACACCUUUGAAGCGCACCGCAACCCACAGCUCCGCCCUCACCACACCCUCCACGGCGCGCAAGCUCUUUGGCACGCCUGGCAGCAGCGCCGUAAAUGUGCCCACGUCCAUCGGCCCCACGCCCCAGCGCGACGGCCGCGUUCUCGGCCUCUUCGACCUGCUGACCGCGUCGCCCGUCGAGACGCGGACGCCGUCCAAGCGCACCGGCGUCAUCCCCAUGGCCACGCCCAGACGGGGUGGUGCCACCAUAAAUGCGGCAGACCCAGGGUCAUCUCUUUCGGCCGCGCGGCUGGCCCGUACGCCCGUCUCGUCGGGACGCCGACACGUUCUGGACGGCUUCAUGACACCGCUGGGCCGGCGGGACGGUAACUCCUCUACCGCUGCCAACGGCGGGCUGGACAGGACGCCGACUUCAAAAACGCCGUCCAAGUCGGAUUUUGCCACGCCGCAAUUCCUCAGGCGCCUGCCUCCCGCACCUGCCCCAACGCGCCUGGACGAGAACGGCGAGGCCGUGCCGGGGCUGGAGGACGAUGACUAUGAUUACGAGGCCGAGGAGGCGCGUCGCUACGCCGCCCGCCUGCCACGGAAGCCGCUCGUCAGGGGCCUGAGCAGCGUCGUGGCCAGCCUGCGCAAGAUGGAGGAAGAGAAGCACGACGACGACCUGGACGCGCUGCGCGAGAUGGAGGCGGAAGAGUUGGGUUUCGCCCCGGUCAAGACCAAGGCGAAGCCGGCAGUCACGGUGACGGAGACGGGUAGUAGGGAUGGAGGCGUAGCUGAGGAAGAUGUUCCGAGAGAGGUCCUAGUGGCUGACAGUCAGGUCAUGCCGACGAAUCUCCUUGGCGGCUUCGACGACGAGGCCAUCUACGACAGUCCUGACGAAGACGGCCGCAGGGCUGGCCUCGACCGCAACGGCCAGCCGCUCCGUGUCUUCAAGAAGAAGGGCCAGAAGCGCACGACGCGCCGGGCAAACAUGCGGCCCGUCCGGACCAAACGACCCGCAAGCACCACCGUCGCCGCCGAGGACAGUGCCUCCGAGGAAGCGGACGACGACGUCGUGCCCGAGACUCAGCAUCAGCUCGACGGCCCAGUGCCCGAGGAUGCUGACGAGCUGUCGCUGCCGUCCGGUUCUGAGUUUGACGGCGAGGAGGGCGAAGACCAAGUGGAUCAGAAGCAAAGCCAGGGGAAGAAGGGGAGGGGUAAAGCCAAGGCCAAGACGGCAGGGCCUGGGAAAGAUGACAAGGACGGCAAGGAGGGCGGCACGGUCAAGCGUGCCAUCAAGAAGGUUAGCGCUGUGGCUCACCAGAACUUCAGGAGGCUCAAGCUGCGCAACAAUGGCGCAAAGGGAGGUCCUGGUUUCAACAGCAAGUUCAGGAGGCGGCGCUGA